AUGACUACCUGUCGAGAUACUCCACCCUUCCGUUCUACAUCUAAUGAUACUUGUCUUGGACAAAUAUUAAGUGGCUUUACUUUGGCUAAGUGCCUUACAGCUCCAGUUCCUUCUGCACCUUUUUUCCUUCGUCAACUUCAUGACAAUCUUUGGAUCACAUCAUCUCCUAAAUCACUUCACUGUAUAAAGAUACCAAAAACAGAAUUUGACCCAUCUUCUUACCAAACUUCAAACCUUAAUGAAAAACUAAUUCUGCCACCUGUUGCUCUCGUUAAUGUCACCCCCGGUCUUACCAUCGCUUGCCAUGAUUUCCUUCUCACCGGUCACCCGGUUGAAUCAUCUAUUCCAUCAAUCGUUAUACUAUAUUAUAAUACUGUAUCUCGUAAUAACAACACAAUAUUGGAUAUAUAUUAG